AUGGAGCUUGUGGCUGAGUUGCCGGACCGCCUCUUGACAGGUCUGGCGCUGGACCCUCACGACGAUGUGUUUGCCAUCUGCGCUUGCAGCGGGGAGCUCUUCCGUCUCGACAAGACGAGCGGGACGCUGGUGCCCAUCAUGGCAACAGAGGCGUCGCCGCACAACAUUGCCAUCGAUGCNUGUGAGACAGGCGGGGGAUAG